AUGCCCAUGUUCAACGAAUUGGAUACGUACGUAAUGAUCGAGCACACGAACAUUGGAGUGUUCGUGCACUCGGAGCGAAAGCAUAAAAAAGCGAUUACUGAAAAAUCUUGGCCCGUUCGGAGCCCGUCGAUAAACGCCUCGCGGGAGCGAGAGUUCUCGGGAAGCAGGAAACGAGAACGUAAAGUAGACAGUCCAAGUAUGCGUGUACGUGUUGUGGGGAAUGCGAGUACAUCGCCAGGACGACGGAGGAGGUGUACGACGGAGAGCGGCGGUCCAGAGAACAUCCAUUCAGCCGAACAUCUAAGAGGAAUCAAUGCGCGAACCGAACGUUCGGCAGACGUCAGUGACAUCACUGCGCAAGCGCGGAUGAAAGAGAAAUACAGCGCCACAUUCUCUCUCUCUUUCUCUCUCUAUUCUAACCUUUUAUUGCUGUUGAUUGCUAUAGCAGCUGUAGUCGGUAAUCGUUCAUACAAAUUUCAAGAUUCGCACGUUGCGAUGGCUGCUCCGGUGAAGAAACGUGAGAUUCAACAAAAGUUAGGCGACGAUGACGAAAAGCAUGUAUCGUCCGACAGCGAAGAUGAGGAAUAUAAGAUUGCGAACGAACAGGGAAUGGAGUUCCAAGUGGAUUUUGAAGGCCGUAAUCCACAAGAUUCAGACUAUGAUGGAAUUAAAACGUUACUGAAACAACUUUUCCUCAAAGCACACAUUGAUUUGGGUGGAUUAACAGAUUUAAUAAUAUCACAAAAUUAUGUAGGAUCGGUUGUUAAACAAUCUGCAGAAAUAGAUGAAUCCGACGAUGACGAUAAUGAUGAUAUUAAUGAUGUAUUUGGUAUUACAACAGUCAUUAAUGUCUCUAAUAAACAGGACAUUUUGUGUAUACAACAACUUAGACAUAUACUGAAACAGUUAGCAGAGGAGCAUGCAACUGAUGCAGUCAACACUAUGAUAAAAAGUAUAUUGGAGAACGACGCAGCACAAUUGGGUUUGCUCAUUAAUGAAAGAUUUGUCAACAUUCCUGCCAAGAUUUCUGUGCCACUUCUUGAAAAUCUAAUUUCCGAACUCAAACGUGCCAAUAGCAAAAAUAUGCCAUUCAAUUUUUCUUAUUACAUACUUAUAUGUAAAUUGUACAAGUCAGAAGAUAAAAAAGCCGGGAAAAAGAAAGGCAAGAACAAAAAAGCUGACAGUGAACCAUCGAUGCUGUGGAGUAAUCCAGAGGAGGAGAUAUUUGCGGAAGAGGCAAUUGUUAGUUUCGAAUUUUCCGUGGAGGAAGAAGCGGACAGUGGUUUAUCCGGAACGUGGACCGAAACGGACGAUGAGAUGAUACCUUACAGACGAGUAUUACUUUUUGAAGCUUCGAAGCUGCAAUCCAUAUUUGAUAAAAUACAAAAUCAGUUUUCUUAAUUAAUUUUAUAAGCUGUGUUAAUAUUUUUAUAACCAAUAUGGCCGAGUCCUGUGCAAAACUAUCUAAAUAUUUAUGAGCAGAAGAUAUGCUUCUGCAAAGCUAGUUUUUUAUAUAUUUGCGUAUAACGAGGUAUAACGAUACGUUAUAUUUUGUACGUUACAAGCUUUUUACAAUAUAUCUCUUACAUAAUGCUUAUACUA